AUGGGUGUCAACUGGAUUGAUGUGAUUUUUCCUCGGCCAGCUCCCACAACGUGUAUGUUAUAUGCAGAAAAAUUAGAGUUGAGCGAAAAGGAUGAAAAUCCGGCGAGGGAUUCGCUACGAGCUCUUAUUGUAUUUGCUCUAUUUGCGCUGACAUUUGGAGCAUUUAUGCUUGCUUCACUAUUUCGGGCUGCAUGGGCCCAACGCCGAGUACUUCCCCUAUUAUCCUUGGUUGGCGGUGGAGUAUUUCUUGCAACUUGUCUACUCGAUUUAUUACCCGAUGCGCUAGAAUCUUUUGAAAAGGCUGAAGUUUCCUUCUCAUUUCCAUUGGCUGAAGCGUGUGUUGGGCUUGGAUUCAUGAUCGUUCUCUCGAUAGAACAGUUGGCGAUAUACUUGCAAGAAAUCGGUGUGAUCGGGAGUGGACACGUGCAAUUACAUGAACAUGAUGGAGAGACAAUAGAAGAGGAAAAUGAGCACAGAAGUGAAUCGAAUCGCCAUGACGAGAACGCAUCAAUCUCAGCGAUAAUCAUGGUUGUCGCCAUCUCACUGCAUGCACUUUUUGAGGGAAUUUCUCUGGCAGUCAUAUCUGAUCCACCAAAAUUAUUAGAGAUAUUUCUCGCGUUGGCCAUUCACAAAACGAUCAUCGGUUUCACGUUGGGCGUCAGAUUGUGGCAAAGCGGACUUCGGCCAUUGAUCAUCACCCUUUGUGGGGCAAUUUUGGCCAUGCAGGUGAUAGUCGGUGGUCUUGGCGGGAUCGGUAUUAUGCAUUUUCUAUCGGGUGGAUCAAGAAGUACAGCAUCUCUUGUCACAACAAUUCUCCAAGGGAUCUCAUGCGGCACUUUUCUUUAUAUAACCACUUUUGAGAUUCUCCCGCACGAGCUUGAUAAACCAGGUUUUCGAAUGCAAAAAUUAGCAUCAAUCUUCGUUGGCUGUGUUAUUGUGAUCGCUUUCACUUUAUGUUUCCCGGAUGCA